UUGACACCCGCUUCAAUUUUAUCACAAUUUUUUGCUGUUAUUUUAGGUUCGAAGUACUCGUAUCUCUUCUAUGGUAACAAAGUGUACUCUAUCCUAGAUGAUAGGGUAGUUUCCUCGAAUAAAAUUGGUGAGCUGUUCCCAUCAGGCCCUGAUUCGGUGAACGCUGCUGUGUAUGACGUGGAAAACGGAAUAGUUGUCCUAGUGCAUGAACGAUCAGUUUAUGGUUACAAGGAAGUUGGAGCAAACUCAAUGAGACUUGAUUCUUCUUAUCCUAAGGUGAGCAAUACAAUUUGCACACAUUUUUACCAUAGGUUCUGCGAGAAUCGACUGCAAAAAUGAUG